AUGGCCUUCUCACAACAUCACGACCCACAUGCAACACCAGCACCGGUCCAUUCAACACCGGCUCCUCCACAACCAAGUCAAGAUUGGUUAUACUCAGGCCAUGGCUUCCAGUCGAAUUACGGCCAUAGUGCUCCUCUCCAGGAACCUGUCCCUUUCGAGGACUUCCAAUUCAGCUUUGGGUUAGAUCCCAACUUUGCUAUUCCAGUGCCUCUCGAUAUCCCACCGGCACCUGUAACCGAAGACAACUCGGGCAUGUUGUUUGACGACUCGUUAUUCCAAAGCAUGGCACCACCAGCACCAGCACCUCCAACUGCAUCCAACAAUGGCAACACAAGUCUAUUGAACGAGGAUGAUCAACGUAUCUUUACGAGCUUCUUGGACAACUUUUGUAUGGACCAAGAUGUGGAACCAUUGCCGAAUCAUAUGCCUUCCUUGUACGAUUUACCGCCAUCCACCACCAAUACAUCAUAUCCACCACAAGAACAUGAUGAUGCUGAAGAAGAAGAACGACGGCGAAACUCGAUUUUGAGAUCAUUGGAUGAACAAAAACGUAUGCGCCAUCGUAUACUUGCAGAUGCUGCUGUGGCUGCUCAUCAUCAUCAGUCAACAAAUACCCCCAUUCCUUCAUCAUCUUCAACAUCAUCAUCAUAUCAUCAUCAUCAUCAUCAACACCAUCACCACCAUGCAUCAACAAUGGAGUCCUCUUGGCCGUCAUCAUCAUCAUCAUCCACAACACACAAUCACAAUGGUAGUGGUAGUGGUGGUGGUGGAGCCAUCUUUUUGAAAAAGAGUGACAGCAUUGCUACGCCGUAUGUGAUUCCCUCCAAGCGAAGUGAUAAGAAAAAGGCAUCGUCACCGUCACUAUCACCCUUUGACGAUCAUCAAUCAACACGUCCUACCCCUGCACGACGCAACAAACCACACAAGGAACUCUUGACAGAGGCCGAGAAACGAGCAAACCAUAUUGCAUCUGAGCAGAAGCGGAGGACAACGAUUCGAACCGGAUUCAAGGAUCUGACAGAGAUUGUCCCAACACUCAAGAAUAUCAACAAUAGCAAGAGUACCGUUCUUUUCAAAGCUGUGGAUUACAUUCGAUAUCUCGAGAAGCGUACCAAGCAUUUACAUGACAAGGUCCAAACACUUGAGCUACGUAUGCAAGUGGAAGGUCGAUCCAUGAUGGUCCAUCCCACGGAUGGUGCUGGUGGUGCUACUACUACUACUGCUGCUGCUACUGCUGGUGGAUAUGACGAUAAAUCGGCUAUGAUUCGUCAAAGCGAACGAGGGGAUGGAGGAGCUAUGACCAAUGACAAAGGUGACGUUGGCAACAAUCAUCACAAUAGUAAUGGUGGCAACGGCAACAACAAUAGCAGUACUGAGCAAGCCCUAAGACAGCACAGCAUGCAACAAAAGCACCUUAUGCAGCUGCAGGAGGAACUUCAAAAGAAGCUUUUGGCACAUCAUCGAGGAUUUACCCGACCCGUACAGGAAGAGAUGGAUGUGGAUGAAGAACCACUCAAAGCUACUGUCUCAGCAUAA